AUGUCGACCAUGGAGUGCUUGAAGGAAGAGUUCGUUGAAGGCCAACUUUUGGAUGGUCGUUUCCGAACCGUGGCCCCACUCAACCAUGGGUCUUUUGGAAUGGUAUUCCUGGCUACAGAUACCAAGACCGGUCAGGAUGUUGCUAUCAAACGUCUCAUCAAGGCCUCAACGAAUUCCGGCUUCGAAGAACUCGAGUGUCACCGACGAUUCGGGUUCCACCCGAAUUUGGUCAACUUGAUUCAUACGUUCAACACCGACACUCAUACAUAUCUUGUUUUGGAGUACUGUGCCAAUGGGGAUUUAUACGAGGCCAUCCGCCUUAACCGUGGUCCACUGGAGACCGAGCACGUCCGCGAUUUCAUGCUGCAGCUAAUUAGUGCCGUCGACUUCAUGCAUGCCAAUGGCUUGUAUCACCGUGACAUCAAGCCGGAGAAUAUCUUCCUGACACAGGACGGUUCCAUGAAGCUAGGCGACUUCGGUCUCGCUACGAAAGACUCGUGGUGUUACGAGGCGUGUGUUGGCAGUGACCGCUACAUGGCCCCCGAGCAAUAUGAGCCGACCACGACAGGAUACUCCCCCGCCAAGGCCGACAUCUGGUCCGUGGGUAUCUGCCUGUUGAACAUUCUGUUUGCUCGGAAUCCAUUCGUUACCCCCACUGAGUCCGAUGUACUCUUUGCCGACUAUGUGCGGGAUCGCCAGUCGCUUUUCGAUAUCUUCCCCAACAUGUCGCAGGACACGUACGAGAUUCUGACUCAUGCCUUGACCAUUGAUCCCUCCAAGCGGUCUUUGCUGGAUGUGCGUGAUAGCAUCCUCCGCGCGGUCUCGUUCACUACCGACGACGAAUCUCUUGACGAGUUUUGCACCGAGGACCGCGAGGUGGUUCCUGCCAGCGCCAACCGCGAACCACUUCGCACCCCAUCUCUCCAGAGCCCAUAUGUCAACCAGGGAGAUGCUUUCCCAUGGGCCAAGGCGCUCCAGUCGACCCCUCCCCAGGCUAUCCGACAACUCUCUGCCAUUCCGGACAACGAGAGCUACACCGAGGAUCUGUUCCCAGCUUCCGAAGCUGCAGGAACCUCGUGGUUCUCGUCUCGCAUGGAAUCCCCUUCAGUGGCUUCUGUUUUGGACUCCCAGCUCAGUGAAUCCUUUGUCUUGCUCAAUCUUCGUAAGCGUGAUGAUCUCCGCAAGCGUGCGGGCCCGUCUCUUCCUCGCUCUGAUCCGGUUUCCAUCACUGGAUCACUGCCGUCUCACACGACGAAGCCGCUCCCUUCCUUGUCGAUGGUCUUUGGUAACAAAGGUGCCGACAAGAUCUCAAAGAGUUGGUGCGACAUGUGGGACGAAGAAGAGUCUGAGAAUGAGGAUCUUGCUGUGGCUCAACGACGGGAGCAGAACUCUCGCAGCUGGAGCCAAGAGAGCCAGGGAGCUGCCCUCCCAAGAUUGCGCGAGCCGGCCUCCGCUUCCCCCAACCAUCGCUCUCACGGCCCAGAUGUGGAUCUGAAGAUGGAACCCCAUGUAUUGGGGGAUCUUUCCUUGGACGAAGACAGCGACUCCAGUGCGUCGAGUAGCACGCCCCGCCCCAUGCGGAGCUCCCCACACGAGCCGUCUCGGGCCGAUAAGUGGUCCAUGCUCGGUGAAGUCCGACGCCAGUACAAGCCCGAGGACGAACUGCACAAGUGUAAGCCCCGCAAGUCGCGUGAGGUGUUUGGCCCCAAGAGUGUUGCUGCCAAUACUCGGCGACACGAUUGGGGUCGAGGUACUUCCGGAUACCACCAGGGCAAGUCCAAGCCCGCAUCGCCUGUCGAGGUUCGCCGCCGCCAUUUGCUCGAACAGCAGGAUUGGCGUAGCCAUGUCCCCAGCAGCUUCCUUCCUCUUGAUGGAAGCGUUGACGAUGAUCUCGAUCUUGUCGGUGGUUGGCAUGAGACUCACUUCUAG